AUGGUUAAAAAUACUACUUGUGAUAGAUGUGGUCUAAAUCUUUCCACUUAUCAGAAAUAUCAACAACAUUUAAAUCGAAAAAAUCCUUGCCGACCUAAGAAUCUUCCUCAAACUCCAGCCAAUCAAAAUCCUACUGAAAGUCAGAUUCUGAUACAAAACCAAGUCCCAGUAGAAAACCCAACUCCAGCCCCCGAAGGCGAUCUCAUAUCAUUUGACGAAAACCCACCGACGCACCAGCCAGCCCAGCCGAGAGAAGAAAAUGCGCCGGCAGUCGACCUUUUAACUGAUUUAACGAUAGAUGAAUUAAUAAAACGAUUAUCAAAACCGGAAAAAGAUAGCGAACCAAAUGAUUCAGAAUAUGAUACCGCUGAAGAAGAACCAGAUAUUCAUUUCGAAAAAAUCAAAGACCCAUAUAUUAAUAGAAAGUCAGAAGCCGGAACAUUAAAUGAAGGCGAGGUAUGUGAUUAUUAUGCAUUUGUUCCAAGAGAAUAUCACGCUGAAAGUGAGCCUUUAGCCUUCUUUGAAUCAGUCGAAGAAAAAAUCGCAGAUGUUUACAAAAGAGAAUUAUCAUUAAAGGGAGGAUUAAAGCAUGAAACUAUAGAAAUUAUUAGAGAAGAUCGAAUUAACGCAACUAUAGAGAAAGGAUAUAACGAAGUUAUAGAUCAGAUCGAAGAUGAAGCAUUACAAGAAUCAGGAUGGAGAUUUGUUCGAGCAGAAGAAGUAUUUCUUGAAAUAAGCGCAUUCAGACCAUUACGAGGUAGUAGUUGGUUACCUUUACCAGAAGAUUUAGAUAAGCCACAGCUCGGUUUAAUUAAUCCGCAAAAUAGAGAGGAUAAUGAGUGUUUUAAAUGGUGUAUAAGUGCAUAUCACACAAGAGAGGAAGCCAUAAAAGCUAAUAGAAAGCCACCACAUCUUAAUGAAAUUCGAAGACUUAGACGAAAUGCAAAUAUAGCCAAUUUUGAAGGUAUAAAUUUUCCAGCAACACUACAUGAUGUUGAUAAAUUCGAGGAAAAUAACCCAAACUAUGCUAUAAAUAUAUUUAGGCCAGUGUAUAAAGAAGUGUUCGGAAAAAUAAAAGUAGAUAUAGACCCAUUACAUAUCUCUGAAAGAAAUUAUCAAGUCGAACAUAUGAUAGAUUUAUUAUAUUUAACAGAAGGUGAAGAGAAUUUAAAUGAUCGAAAAAAUACAAAUGAUAUACCAGAGGGAUUAAAAACGCAUUAUGUAUUUAUAACUGACUUUACACGAUUAAUGCAUAAAUGGAAUAACCAUAAUGGAAAGAAAUACUUUUGCCGAAAAUGCUUACGAUUUCCUUAUAGUCGACUAGAUUUAUUAGAAAAGCAUAUCCCAACAUGUCCAGGACCAAGUAAAGCACCACAACGAUUAAUCCUUCCUGAAGAUGAAGCAGAAGAAAUCGAAGAGGAGAAAAAAGACAAUGAAGGAAAUACUAUAAAAAUAGCGGAACAAAAAGCAGUUUCAUAUGGAUAUACUAUUCAUUGUUCAGAUGGGACAACACAAAAGCCAGUAAUUAAUCGAGAAUCGGAAAAUAUAAUAAAAGAUUUAAUAGAAAACCUUCAAGAAGAUCUAGAUGUUAUUUUAGAUAAGCUUCGUAUUCCAAUUCCAUGUGAAAAAAUGACGCCUGAAUUAUGGCGGAAAUAUCAAAUGGCAAAUAAGUGUUGGAACUGUGAAGGUAAAUUACAUGAAGCUGGAUAUAAUAAAAUUCGUGUAUUCGAUCCUGAAACUAAAAAAUACUUGGGUGCUUCACAUAGGAAAUGUCACGGAAAAAAGCCAAUGAUUCAAGAUGAAGGAAAAAAUAGGGUACUAGAUCAUGACCAUAUCACAGGAAAAUUUCGAGGAGCAUCACAUAAUGAAUGCAAUCUGAAAUUACGAAUCGAUCCAGAAACAAUAAAAAUUCCGGUAUUAAUUUGUAAUGGAAGUGGUUAUGAUUUUCAUCAUCUAAUGCAAGAAAUAGCAAAAGUGACGGAUAAAAAAAUAGUCCCUAUAGCAAAUAAUUCUGAGCAAUACAUUACCUUUUCAGUUGGCCAGCUUCAAUUCAUUGAUAGUUUAAAAUUUUCAUUACCAGGCUUAACCAAAAUGGCAGAAAAUUUACGUGAUGAAAAGAAAGGUCAAACUAAAACACCGGAACAACUAGCAAAAUGUUUUCCUAUUAUGUCAAAAUUCAUCUCACCUAAUUUGUUAUCAUUGCUUACGCGUAAAGGAAUUUUUCCAUAUCAAUGGUUAAAUAAUAAAACAAAAUUUAAUGAGACACAGCUCCCACCACGUAAAGAUUUUAAUAGUAAUUUAGAUGGGUUUAAUUACUGUGAUCAUAACUGUAGAAUAGAAAAAUGUGAGCAUGGAGAGAAGAUAGGGAAAUGCAAACAUAAAUGUCAGAAAUGUAAGCAUAAAAAAAACCAGGAUUAUGAUUUCGCACAAACAGUUUGGCAAGAAACAGAAUGCAAGACUUUUGGAGAUUAUCACGAUAUCUAUCUUAAAACUGAUGUAUUGAUUUUAGCAGACGCAUUCGAGGCAUUCCGUAAAGCCUCAUAUUCAGCAUUCAAGCUCGACCCAGCAAAUUAUUUAACCGCACCAGGUCUAGCAUGGGACGCAUGUAUGAAAGUAACUAAAGUUAAGCUAGAAUUAUUUAAUGAGCAUCAAGGGGAUAUGCACGAUUUCUUUACAGCCAUGAAAAGAGGUGGAAUGUCUUUGGCUAGACGACGUAUAGCUAGGGCUAAUAUUCCAGAAUUAGAAGGGUAUGACGGAAAAAAAGCAAAAAAAUGGUUGCUCUACUUAGACGCCAAUAAUCUAUAUGGUUGGGCAAUGAGUCAAUAUUUACCAACCGGAGGAUUUAAAUGGCUAUCAACAAAACCUCUCGAUGCUAGUUCUCCAUUAGUGCAGAAAAUUUUAUCAUUAAAAGAAAAUUCGAAUCGAGGAUGUUGCUUAGAGGUAAAGUUAUCGAUUCCUAAAGAAUUACAUCCUAAAUUUCGUGAUUAUCCAAUGUGUCCAGAACGAAAGAAGGUACCAUAUGAUUGGUAUGGAUCAAAGCAAAAAGAAUGGAUAGGAAAACAACAUCCCGAUACAGAAAAACUUAUACUAACUCUACAUGAUAAAGACCAUUACGUUAUUCAUUAUAGAAAUCUACAGCAGUGUAUAAGAGAGGGAUAUGUUCUAGAAAAAGUAUACAGAGUUUUAGGUUUCGAACAAUCUCCUUGGAUGGAACCCUAUAUAGCAAUGAAUACCCAGCGACGAGCAAAAGCAAAAAAUGCAUUCGAAAAAGAUUUCUGGAAGUUAAUGAAUAACUCUGUAUUCGGGAAAACUAUGGAAGAUGUAAGAAAACGAGUAAAUAUUGAUUUAGUACGACAGGUAGGAGAAGAGCGACGAUUACGCAGACUAAUUUCAGAUCCUGCAUUUGUUAGUCGUAAAAUAUUCUACGGAGCUAAUCUAGUAGCUGUACAUCGAAGACAGACUAAUGUAAAGUUAAAUAAACCUGAAUAUGUAGGAGCAUGUAUUCUCGAUCUUUCUAAAUAUUAUAUGUAUGAUUUCUGGUACGGAUAUCUUAAAAAGAAAUAUGGAGAUCGGGUGAAACUUUUAUAUACCGAUACUGAUUCGUUAAUUAUAGAAAUUGAGACGGAAAAUAUAUAUCAAGACAUGAUCGAUGAUUGUGAUUUAUUCGAUUUUAGCGAUUACCCUGAAGACCAUUGGGUAGUAAAGAAUCUUCCAGAAGAUCAAUGGAUAAUUAAUGAAGAAGGUAAGCGCGUAUUAAAAAAUACUAAAGUUAUAGGUAAGUGGAAGGAUGAAAAUGGAGGAGAUAGAGCUAUCGGCUAUGCAGGAGUUCGUGCAAAAUGCUAUAGUGUUGUGUGUGAGAAUUCACGAAAAAAUAUGAUCAAGGCUAAAGGUCUUAAAAAGUCUCUCAUCAAGAAAGAGCUUUCACAUAAAAUAUUCGAGGACUGUGUUUUAGAAGGAAAAGAGGAUCAACCACGAACCGCUCAAUUCCUCCGAAGUUACAGACAUCGAAUGUAUAGGAUAACGCAAACGAAGAGAAGUGUUAACCCACUAGACACAAAAUUGUGGAUAGCUCAAGAUAAUGUAACGACAUAUUUAUAUGGGGAUUGUGAAAUUCCGGAAGAAUAA